AACACAACCUCCGAGCUGACGUCAAGAGAUCUUGGGUUACCACACAAUCCUAUCUUAUUACCUUUCGCCAGGUAUAGGCAGCGCAGCCAGUCGCUACAUGGAUUUCCACGGCGACCAGAGCUGAAGGGAAAAGAAGAAAAAGAGCUCUGGAAGGAAAGCAAACAAACAUAAUCUAGUCUCAGGAAAACAAAAAGAGGGGGGAGGAAAGAAAGAGAAAGAAAGAUGAGCUGGAGUGGGAGACGAUUUUUUGCCUGGGUCUGCCUGACGGCUUGUGUGGCGGAGUGCUCCGGCUUCAUCCUGCUUUACUGGACAGCCGACGUGUCGGUGAGAGUGGGGAACCUCACCUCGAAGCCAUGCGAGUGUGGCCUGUAUGGCCAGGACUCGCCGCUGCUCGGGGAGAGUGGUCUGGUGGUGCUCCCUAACGAGGACCCCCAGGCGUGCAACCAUACCACCUUCAGCGUCUCCCAGUCGCCCUGGAUCGCACUCAUCAAGCGAGGAAACUGUACGUACAAAGAGAAGAUCAGCGCUGCCACAAAGUACAACGCGUCCGCAGUGGUCAUCUACAACCUUGAUGGUACCGGCAAUGAGACUAACACCAUGAGCCACUCAGGCACUGGAGGGGUUGUUGUUGUCAUGAUUGGCAACGAACUCGGCAAGGACAUCGCCAGUCUGGUCCAUGCAGGGCAUGAGGUCUUCAUGAACAUUGAGUUGGGCAACCCUCACGGGCCCUGGGCCAAUCCAAUCUGGAUCUACAUCAUGUCCUUCACCUUCUUUGCAGUGACCGCCGUGACCAUGGCCUACUUCACCAUCCUCUCGGUGAAGAAAAUCCACCAGCACAUAAUGCUGAGGAGAGAACAGAAUUGCAGACCGUACCUUGAAGUUACAAGUUGCAGGGCUCUUUCCCUAUCGGGCAACAAGAACUCCAAGAGACAACUGAAAUCUGUGGCCCAGAAAGCGAUUGAGAAGCUAAAGGUUCGAACUCUAAGGAAAGGAGAUGAGGAGGUAGGGUCAGACAACCAUACCUGCGCUGUGUGCAUAGAGGGCUACAAGCAUUUGGAACCAGUGAUGAUCCUAACCUGCGGUCACUUCUUUCACAAACCCUGCAUUGAGCCGUGGCUGUUGGAGCAUCGCACCUGUCCCAUGUGUAAAUGCAACAUCUUGGGAGUGAAGACGGUGGAUGAGGAGGUCAGUGUCGGGUCCACUCCUUCACCACUAGAUGUCAGGUUUUACCCAGACUCGCGGCUGAGCCCUUUUUAUGAAAAUCUUGACGAGGUGGCAUUGUCAGACCCUGAGGAGGAUACUCCACCAGCACAGCAGACGAGCCAGGAACCCAUUGAGGCUGGACCGAAGCCAGAGCAGAACCAGGGUUCCACGACAGAGUUUCACCAGAUCUACGACAACCUUGCUUUUGAAGGGGACUCCAACAAAAUGGAUUUGAAGUGAGAUGGAACUGAUGCAUUUUACGACAAGCAGGGCUUGUGGAAGGGGGAAAUCAGUCAAAACAAACUGGGAAUGAUAUUUCAGCACUAAAUGUUGAACGUAAAAGGGAAAUGUUCCAAAUCAAGAUAAGUAUGAAGAGAUUUGCACUUUUAAGACUAUGGUCUUUGUGGUUCACAUGUGGGCUUGGUUUGAUUAUCAGCCCAUACUUCCAUACACGAGAAAGAACAGUGCGAGUGGCUUGGGGCUGAGUUUGCUCUUUCAUUAAAUGAGUUAUUUUCCUGUUUAAAAAAUCUACAGAUUCUGAGAAUCUACAGAUUACCUGUACAGAUCCAUGGAGUUUUCCAUAAAAUUUUAAGUUACUGUCACAUAUUCUUGUAUAAUAUGAAAUCCAAAUAAAUAAAUGAAUGAAUGAAUGAAUGAAUUAAUAAAUAAAUGAAUGAAUAAAUAA